AUGGUCACACGGUCGAAACCGACGGCCGAGGCCUACUCGGCUUCGCACAUGUCGGUAGCAGUCCUGGCACUCUUGUCUUCGGCAGGAUUCUCUCGAUCUUCGUCAGGGGCAGCGGAUCUCAUGGCUGAGGUCAUGCAAAGAUACAUCCAGCUUAUUGGAUCCACAUGUGUUCAACACUCCAAUCACGCUGGACGCACCGUCAUCUCACCUCACGAUGUUCGCGCCUCUCUCGAGCACAUCCUUGGCGGCGACCCCAUCGAGGAACUGCUCGACUGGGCUGAGCAAGAAGGUCGACUCCCCGCACCUGAGGAUGCUGCACCUCAUACCAAUGGUGUCAACGGCGCACACGUCGAAGCGACCACGAGCGCAUUACCGACAGCGUUGCAGGAUCCUAUGCGCGGCAAGGACCUUCUUCGCAUCCUCAAUACCGGCCGCGUUCCACCAUCGCCAUCGGACGUGAACGAGAUUCACUUUCAGCCUCUUCCUGGAGAUGUUUUCGAACAAGCAGCAGCAGAAAGCAUCAUUCGCGAAUCGAUGACCAAGCAGCUCGUUUGGCCGUCUCGACCCUCUUCACUCAGAGCCAACGGCGAGGCGUCCACACAAGGAUCGAGCUCCACAGAUGACCUCGAUACGCUAACGUUUUCUGACGUCGAAGAUGGAGAGGAGAGCGAUACAUCAGAGAAUCAGCAUGCAACCAAUGGACGUCGGUCACCGUACGCACAGAAGCGCAUGCGGACAGAUGCACCAGAGUACACGCCGGCUAGACACUUCGGUGGAUCCGUCAUCGACUAUGUGCCCGCGUAUCUUCCGACAUUUCCUGGAGCACCGUCUCGCACAGAGUCUGCAGAAGGAGCAGCAUCAGGAUCAGCGACAGAAACAUUGCCGGACAGUGGGGAGGCUCCUUCUGGCGUGGAUACGCACGACGAGGUCCACGUCAAACUGGAACCUGUCGAGGUCGAUCCGGAAUACGUGCUGGAAGAGCAACGGCGCAGGGAGCUGGCGCAGAGGAGAGCUGACGAAGCUGCAGCUGCUGCCGCCGCUGCUGCUGCGGCCGAAGCAGCGAAGAAUGAAGAUACCAACAUCGACGAGAGUCAAGCUGCAAUCGUCGUACAAAAGACAGCGGAGGAGAGAGCGGCCGAGGCCGAGAAGGCGUUCGAGGCGCUUCAAGCACGCAGAAUCUUGCGCGACAGUUGGAGAGAAAGUGUGACGUACGACUCAUCGACAUUAGCAGCAACCUAUCAGAAAGACGAGCUGCGGGAGUUGGAGGAAAAUGUAGCGUCCGUACUCGGCGACACAUCCAUCGCUUCGAUUGCUCCAGCAACGUCAUCGCUGCGGGCGUUCGCUGCGGAGUAUCAAGCUCUGGUGGAGGAUCCUGCAUCGAGCAGUGCGGCUGGUGUCUACUUGACACCGUCUGGGCCAUCACACCAGGAUGCAGCGACGAAGCGAAGGAGGCUGGCGCAUGCGUUGGCUGAUGCUUCGCGAUACGCACCCAACGACAGCUUGUAUGCGGCCGUGGCAGCCCGACCGUCAGUGAUACCUUUCAAUCCGGGCCCGAGCUGGCUCGUAUCCACGUUGCCGCCGCCUACGCUGUACGAGGACAAUGUCGAGGUAGCCAACGCGCUGUCUGCGCCCGUGCUAACCCCGGUCCGACCACAGGGCCGACCAGCGGCUCUCAUCCCACCAUCCGGUGCCCUCGUUCCGACCCUAGGACAUCGUCAUCCUUCCCAACUCACCAUCGGCGCACGUGUCGUUGCCAGCGCAGAGCUUCUCAAACGCGUCUCGCGUAUCGACGAUCCCAUUCCCAUAUUGGACGACAAACACGCCGAACGCUUCUUCCACGGUCUUCCAGCCUCACGCGAUCUCCUCGGCGGUUCCGGCUCGAGCAGCGAUCUCUCCUCCAACAUCUCUUCCACACGCAGUAGUGGUGGAGGAGGAUCCGGCAGUGGCAACUCGACCCUACGACCUGCGUUGGAAAAGCUCGUCCUGCAGAUGCGCGAAAAAGAAGCCGAAAUCCUGCCCGAAGAGGACAAGGAGGAACUGCAGAGACGACAGCAAGAAUUGCAGUUGCAGUUGCAGGCUGCGCUCGCAUCGGAGAACAGCGGAGGAGGCAAAGAUUCGACCGUGUUGUCGUCCGGGUUGAUUGCGGAUAGCUAUGCGAGCAGGAUCAGGAAUGGCAACAUUACGAUGGUUCAUACGUGGGAUUGGACGCCGAGGGAUCCGUACGAUGCCAUGAUGUUGCCGGGGAAGAAGGUGAGAGCACCGGGGAGGAGAGGCGUGGGGCCGGUGGCGUUGGAAAAGAGGGGCAGGACGGAAAGCGCCAAUUCCGAAUUGGGAGAGGCGGGAACGAACGGUGCCAAUGUAUGA